UUACCGUGCCCACGGUCAUCGCGCUUUUUUUGUUCUUUGUGCUCUUUGUAUUACUGGUUGUGUACACAUGCGAUGCUUGUCCUACAUUCCGCUGAUACAUUAAAACUUCUCUUGUUACGCUCCGGUGACGUCGAGGCGAAUCCGGGACCUAUGUCUAUCGAUCAGGCCAAGCAGUUUAACGACAUGUUCAAACUCUUGCAAGAUGUAAAUGAACGUACGGUCAAGAUUGACCAAGGCCAAGCUAGCCUAAUUAAGUCUAUUAACGAGUUAAAAAGUAAGCAAGAAUCCGUCGAACUAAAGGUUACCGACAUCCAAAAUCGGCUCGAAGGCGUUGAGUGCAAAGUAGCAACUUUCGAUGCAACCCGGGAAGAACUCUUGGCUGCCGAGGGAUUAAUGCAGUCUGUUAUUAAGGACAACCAAAGACUGCACGAGCGCCUGAACGAUAUUGAGGACCGCUCAAGAAGGAGCAAUAUUAUCUUUCACGGUAUUGAAGAUUCCACCUCUGAAUCUUGGGAACAGUCUAAAGUAAAAAUAUUAGAUAGGUUAUCUACUUCACUUAGUCUGCAAGUUUCUGACGAAUGCGUUGAACGUGCUCACAGGCUUGGCUCGCACGCAGUCGGAGGAUGCAGGCCACUGAUUGUCAAGUUCUCUUCUUUCAAAACAAAACAAACAAUUUUGCAAUCACGACCUAAGCUUAAAGCCUGCGGCAUAACGGCUAAUGAAGAUUUUUCUCCGGCUACGCGCCUAGCAAGACAGAAACUUUUUGAUUUUGGAAAAUUACAAAAGAGCGUCUUCCAACUGCGCUACAAUAAGCUUUACGUGAACAAUAAAUGUUUCAUGUAUGAAAAUGCGAACGACAGGGUGUAUGAAGUUGGAAAUGACAGAAGGCCGGGCAAGAGCAAUUCAAAUACAAGAAGCCCUGGAGGCGAUAAUAAUCAACCUUCCUCAUCGUUGCAAAAUAACGUGGCACCAAACUUAAAUGCCCGCGCAGCAUCUGCCCGAUCUGCCUUGCCCUAACAUAGUGCGAGGGGUAGUGGUUCUUCUUUCGCGCCCGAAAUAAUUACUGUUCUGUUUACUAAUAUCCGAAGUGUCAUGCGAAAUCGCGAUGAUCUAUGCUCUGCCAUUGACUCCACCGGGGCUGAUGUUGUAGUUUUGACAGAAACGUGGCUCUCUAGCAAAAUUCAUGAUAACGAAAUCCUAACUACUAACAAACGGUUCAAAAUUUAUCGCACUGAUAGGGAAG